AACGUAAUAUCUGCUCUCUUUUCUGCCACCUGAGAUUCUCUCAGAAAUAAUUUUUAAAAAAAAAAAGAAAAAGGAAAAGAACCCAUCCUUUCGCAUCGAAUUCUGGACCUCCAUUGCCCUUUCAGUGAUCAAUAGAACAAAGAAACAUUAGUUUUAAACGAUUCCUUUCGAGAUAAACCCAGAUCACCUCCUCCUCCUCCUUCUUCUUCUAAUCAUUAUUUUCAGCUCAAGAAAGCUCGCGCUAAUCACCAUUGAAGUUUAUUUUAUUCAGGAACAGGCUGCUUUGCUGACUUUAAACUCCUUGACUCACCAUACUGAAGUAGGCUAUUUAUCAACUUCAUUUUUGUUCACUGCCUGUAAACAGAAUAAGGCAUAAAGGUAGACAUACAGAAGUAUGGGCAGUCCCCAGCAGCCAAAGCAAAGAGUGGCAUUUGUGCUGAUUGACGGAUUGGGUGACGUGUCAAUACCAAGGUUUGGGUAUAAGACUCCUCUGCAGGCAGCCAAUGUUCCAAACUUGGAUGCCAUAGCAUCAGCUGGAGUUAAUGGCCUCAUGGACCCAGUGGAAGUAGGUUUGGGUUGUGGGAGUGACACGGCUCACCUUUCUCUGUUGGGAUAUGAUCCAAGAGUAUAUUACCGAGGACGUGGUGCGUUUGAGUCCAUGGGUGCUGGGUUGGCAAUGUCACCUGGAGAUAUUGCAUUCAAGUCAAAUUUUGCAACCUUGGAUGAGAAAACUGGCAUAGUUACGAGUAGGAGAGCUGACAGGCAUUUUGAAGAAGAGGGGCCUAUCCUUUGUGCUGCCCUGGAUAGAAUGAAGCUCCCAUCUUUUCCUGAGUACGAAGUAAGAGUCAGGUAUGCAACAGAACACCGAUGCGGAGUUGUUGUUAAAGGACCAAGACUGAGCGGAAAUAUAUCAGGAACUGACCCAUUGAAGGACAACCGCUUACUUCUGGAAGCCAAGGCUUUAGAUGAUACAGAUGAAGCAAGACACACAGCUGCAGUUGUUAAUGAGUUAUCCAAGGAGAUUUCAAGGAUUCUUGUUUCUCACCCUUUGAAUGCAAAAAGGUUAGCAGAAGGGAAGAACAUCGCUAAUGCAGUCCUUUUGAGAGGCUGUGGUAUUCGAAUCGAGGUUCCUCCAUUUGAAAAGAAACAUGGCUUGUGGCCUUGCAUGGUGGCUCCCACCAAAAUUAUUGCUGGAUUGGGCCUAUCCCUUCAUAUUGACAUCCUAGAAGCUCCUGGUGCAACUGGGGACUAUCGUACACUUCUGACUUCAAAAGCAACUGCGAUAGCUAAGGCACUUUCUGCUCCUUUACAAUCUUGCCCUAGUGUUUUUGUACCAGGGGAGGAUGAGCACAAGCCUGGUAGAUCAUAUGGCUAUGAUUUUGGGUUUCUCCACAUUAAGGCGAUAGAUGAUGCAGGUCACGAUAAGGCAAGUGUUUUCAAAGGAAAAGGAUUGGAAGCUGUAGAUCAAGCUAUAGGACAGCUGGCUAAGCUCCUGUGGCAGGCAGAAUCAACUGGGAAUUUCCAGUAUUUUGUUUGUGUCACUGGUGACCACUCUACUCCUGUAGAAUAUGGAGACCACAGUUUUGAACCAGUUCCAUUUACAAUGUGCCAGUUGAAAGAUUAUGUGGGUGCAAUAGGUGGGGAGUCUGUUGUUUUGGAGACUUCCCUUGAUCCAUUUCCUCUUCCAACUGUUAAGGCAGGUGAAGACCUAAAUGAAGACAUUGGUUUAGAAAAAGGGAGAAGAUGCAAGCAAGUUCAAGCCUUUUGUGGUGAUUCAGUUUUUGAGUUGAAUGAGAUUGCAGCAGCGAGGGGAUGUCUUGGGCGGUUUCCAGGUGGACAGAUGAUGGAAAUUAUUAAAAGAUUUCUCAAAUUAAAUGCGUAACUUUCAUGGUCAGAUGGUAGAGAUCUUUCCUGGAUAACCUCUGAGUUUCUAAAUAAUGUGUUUCUGAUCUGAAAAAUAACCAUGACUAUAUGCCCUCGAAUCAUCAACAAUUUUCCAAGCUUCUUCUGAGUUCUGGUUUCAUGGAAAUUGAUACUUAUACCUGCAUCACCCUUUUCAUAAUCUGAGUCAUGUGCUCGAGUGGAGGCUAACUCACCUGCUGCCAGUGCCAGCAAACGAUAGCGAUUGUUCUCUUUAGUAAACAAAAUAAAGGAUUGUAUUUAAGGGUGUCAGCAUUCAAUUUAUUGUUGCACAUUACAGCUCAAUCAUGUGGAUUAUUAUUUCAGAGCCAAUUGACUCUGUGAAGAGUAAUAGAAAGUCCAUGACAAGAGCCAUGUUAGUACAAUA